GCAGCACUCACAUAAGCGUGAAUUAAAUUUUGCUAAUUUUUCCUGCUACUAGACCUUUGUGUUUCCCCAAUCAACUGCAUCAGACGUACGUCUCUCUUCUCAUAAUCAACGGCCAAAUGGGAAAAUGCGGUAAAAGAUAGAUAGGUGAUGAAUUGUAGUCUCGCGGUCAUCCAGAUAAGACUUUGUUUGCAACACAACGCAUAUCUGGAUUGCACUUUUAUUUCCACCCGGCAAUCUGAAAAGGUCGGACGCUCGAGUUUGGAGGCAGUGAAAUAAUUUAUUACAAUAAGAAAAAUGUGCUGCUCGUCUUGCUGCUGCUGUUUCCCGUGCACGCCUGGCAAAAUAAGAUGCAUUCUUAUUUUCUUCAACAUUCUCCUGGCGGUGGCUGGUGGACUUUUGGUUUUUGUUGGCGCUGUUAUACAAUGGAACAUAUCCGAAUACGACCAAUUUAUCAGCAGUAUUAGCGCCUUUCUGUCUGCUCCAGGCUAUCUUCUAAUUAUCGUCGGCGUCGCGCUGUUGAUAGUGGCCAUUGUUGGAUUCUGUGGAGCGGUUAAUCAUUCUCAUUGGGUCUACAUUUUGUCGCUCGUCAUUGUGAUCGCCCUGCAAGUGGCUGGCGGAGUGCUUGCGUUUGCAAUUCAAGACAAAGUCGACCAGGCAAUAAUGACAACGAUGAAAGACUCGAUGGUUGUUUACAAUGCACAGACACCACAAGGACAAGUUGCAAGAGAAGGCUGGAAAUUCGCCCAGCAGAGCUUCAAGUGCUGUGGAACUGAAAGCCAAAGCGACUGGGACAGCAUUUUAGGGCUUGGCCUACGUCCAGGUUCGUGUAACUGUGAAAUUGGUUCAAACAAUUGCGAUGCGCAGGGAAGAUAUUCAAAGGGAUGCUUUAGCAGAGUGAGCUAUUGGUUUAGGCUAAUAGAAAGCGCGCUUGGCUAUCUCGCGCUCUCUUUCGCCCUCUUACAGCUCAUAUCAGCGAUCUUCAUUUGUCUGUGCAGAGGAACGUGCAGCUGUCUGAAGUGUUGUUGUUAAAAUAAUUCUACGUUUGCGCAGCUGAUAAUUUAUUUAUUAAAUUGAUUGUACAAUUAAGAAAACAACUCAAAACCUUAAGAUAGUAAAUUAAUUGAUAUAUCAAGCUUUACCAAUAAAACGGAAAACAAAAUAA